CUCUGAGCUCCACAAGGUGCUAGACAGGAAGUCUCAAUGGAGGCAGGAAGUGAUGUCAGGUACAAACAGGAAGUUCCAGGUAAGAGGUGAGUCGGGAGGAAGUAGAGAGAAGACAUUGUUGGAUGUGGCAGCAGAGGAGACUAAAAUUAAAAAUAAAACCUUCAAAAGGAUGGACCAAUUGCAGGGACCACAGAAUAUCCUUAGGCUGAUCCACAAAUAUAGGGAAAUGCCACUCCUCUGGAAUUCCAAGGACCCUUGCUACUACAAAAAAGACCGACGAACGGCAGCACUUGAUCAAAUAGCAACAUAUAUGCAAACUUGGGUUCCUGGCUGCACAGGCGACAUGGUCAAGGAUAAAAUGGCAAACCUCAGGAGCGCAUACCGAAAAAAAUAUAAAGAACACCAAGAAAAAAGAUCAGGAUCAGCAGCAAGUGAGUCAAUGGAGCCCAGGCUGUGGUACUUCAAAGAGCUCCAUUUUUUGGGUGAUCAAAUGGAGGGCCGGGAAUCAAUUUCAAGUCUUCCUUCCAGCCUUCCUUCCACGCUUCCUUGCAGCGGAACUUCCACGGAUCCCCACACCCCUGCAGAGUCUGCCGAGAGUCUGGCUGACAUAGACUCAGAUCUGCGAAUCUUCACUGAUGAGGAAGAAGAGACCAGCCAGGAGGUGGCAGCUCCUGAUGAGGAAAAUGUCAGCCAGGCGGAAGGGGUCAGUGGCAGCCAGGAGGAGGCUGGGCCCAGUGGAGGUCAGCAGGUCCCCAGGCCCAGGCUGAGCACCAACAGCCAAGUUCCUCCCCUCCAGAUGAGGCAACCAGGCCGAAGGAGGCGCAUGAGACAAGUGGAGGACGAGAGCCUGGAGAUGAUCCGGGAGGCUAGUGCCUUAAUGAGGGCCCCCCUCAACCCCACUGAGGCCUACAGCGCCUCAAUCGCGCAUGAACUCAGCCAAGCGGGGGAGGAGCAAAGGAUGCUGGCCAAGGACCUUAUCAAUCAGGUCCUUUGGUGGAUGCACCGGGGCCUGCUGACCAGGGACACUGAGCUUAGUGACCCAGAACGGCCUGCUCAACACCUGCGACCUCCUCCUGCUGCCACAUCAUCCCCACCUGCAAGGGUCCGUGGAAGGGUCCGUGCAAGUUCCGCUGCAAGGCAGCCUGGAAGGAAGGUUGCAAGGAAGACGAGAAGGUGAUUCCCUGCCUUCCAGUUGAUUCACCCAAAAAAUGGACUUGUUUUGGACUAUCACAGCUUGGGCUCCAUUGGCUCACUUGCUGCUGCUCCUGUUUUUUGUUUUUUUGGUUCUUUAUAUAAUGUUCGGUAUGUGCUCCUGAAGGUUUCCCAUUUUCUCCUUGACCAUGUUGCCUGUGCAGUCUGGAACACAAGUCUGCAUGUAUGUUAUAUCUGAUCAAGUGCUGCCGUUCUAGUUCAUUAUAAUUUUUGGAUUUGCCUAAAUAAAUGGCUUUUUUCUUUACGUAAAAACAUUGUCUAUUGAGUUGUAAUACUGUGGUGAUUAGGC